UCCUAAAGUGAUCAGUUUCCGUUAAUUCAUAUAACAGCAUAUGAGGACGGAAACGUGUUGUACAUGUGAUUUUUCAGCUAAUUACUUAAUCAAAAUAUAUUCAAUUGUGAAAGAUGGCUCCAUUUAUAAUUAUAUGUUCUCUGAUAUUGUAUUCACUUACUGGAAUUGACACUUGUUCGCAUUUAGAUAGCUGUACACAUCAAUUGGAAGAAUUUUUCAAUGUCACACGUGAGAACAAUGAUAUUGCAGUUAUGAUUCCACUUUGCCUGAACAUAGUAGGCAGGCGGAGUAAAUUACAAAAGUGUGAAAAUAACGCUGUAGUAAAGUGUUUGUUUGGUGGACAUGAACCCGAGUAUUCUGCAUAUAAAACUUUAAAAAUCACAGCUCGAAACAAAUGUCUUCAAGACUGUCCAACAAUGGACGAUGUAAAAAUAUGUCAAGAUUUGAUAAAGUAUGACACCAUACAAACAUCGGGGUAUUCUCAAUUCUGUAGUAAUUACACCAAUAUAAAAACAACAUGUGUGGACACGAAACUAAAGACAUGUUCCUUUCGAGACGAGUUAUUCCUGUCUGGAUUGUCUGGUGAUGUAAAACGUAUUGUUCAAACAAUCUGCCAGUCAGGUUGUUCGUCAAUUGACAAGACAAAACAAAUAAUAGACGCAUGCAACAGUAAGUUCACGACAUCAAGCGGGAAUGAUUUUGCUGACUGCAACGUCUACAAGCAGUAUAUAAGCUGUAUUGAGAAAGGAUCGCCUUGUCCCCAGUUCAGACAAGUUGCAUAUUAUUCCAAGCCAACAUUAUCAGAAGCUCAAACCAGAUGCGAGCCAGCUUCCACAUCAAAGGCUUCCACCAUUGUUAUAUCAACACCAGCCGCUCUUACGAGAGUUCAUAGGACCACUAGACCUCCUAAAACAAGUCCAAAACAAUUCAGUACAACAAGGCAAAGUAGCGUCACAAAAUGUGUUACAACAGGAACAACAGAUGGAAAUGCUGGAAAGAUCACAAGGACGACAACUCAUGAUAAAGAACUUGUCAGAAGAUCUCUGUCAACUCACAAAACAAUUGAGGUGUCCACAACAUUCAAAGUCCGUUCCACAACGAAGCGCAUUUUGAAAAUGCCAACAAUUCCGGAUAUUAAAACACAAAACGUAAAAACAGUCACGCCAUCCGUCAGUUACACGAUCAAAAAGCAAAAUAUUGCUUCUGUUGUUGAUGAAGCUACUAACUCAAUAACAAAAGACAAAAUAACAACUGUGGAUACUACUGACUUACUAUAUCAUAAUACUAUUUCAUCAGAGACUACUAAUCCUUUAGCAACCAGGAAAUCGUAUGUGGAGGCUACAAAGUCAACACGUUAUUUUACCAAAGCUAUUCGAAAAGUUGAUGGAGCUAUUAGCUCAAUAACAAACGACAAGAUAACAGCUAUGGAUACUACUGCCUCACUUAAUCAUAAUACUAAUUCAAUAGAGUCUACUAAUCCAUUACCAGCUCCAUUACCAACUCCUGCAUUCCCAACUCCUUCACUACCAACUCCAUUACCAACCAAGAGAUCGUCUGUGGGUACCAAAUCUGCAAAUAAAGAUCAACAAUAUUCUGGGGCAAUGAAGACAGGACCAACUUCACUGUGCAUUACCAUACUGUUGAGUUUUAUACUGUUUUAGUCUUUGAUAGUCUCUAUUUGUCCCUGUGUCUGUGAUUUAUUUAACACUUUGUUGGUUUAAUCUUUUUUAAUUAGUUUGUAAAUAAAUAUAUUUUCUUAA